GACACAGACAAGGCACCCACAUACCACCCCACACACACCACCCCACACACACAGACACACAGAGGCAGAGGAACAGGACCGGCGCUCUCCCUCCCCAUGGCUACACCCUCUGUCCACAGUAUGGGGCACCUCAGUCUGCUGCUGUACCUGGUCGUGUUCUCUUGGUUGUCUGUCACCGCCUCAGUCAGCCUGGACCUCACCGAACUCAGGAACAAAGUUUCCAAAAUCAAAGUCAACCCCAGGGGGAAUCUGUGGGCGACAGGACACUUUAUGGGCAAGAAAAGCCUUUUUGACUACCCAGAGGGAUACAAUGCCUCUCCGGCGAGACUCUCCCUGGAGCCCUCUGAUGUUGCCAGGGAUUUGCAGAAUCUGCUCAUCUUGAAGAUGCUGGACAGCGGCCUGCCCCAAGAACAAGGAGGAAGCCAGCUCAUCCCCAACACUGUCACUGAGGGUACGGGAUUAUUAAUGAAGAUUAUUGAGAGAUACGUGAAAAAUAGUGAGAAGUGACAAACAUCCUGAACUCUUGUAAGGGAAAUCAAUAUUUGCAGAU